AUGGCGACUGGGCUUCAAACUGACCCCGGCUUUAACGGCGAUGCCGACAAUCUUCCGAGCUGGGGACUCGGUGAAACGGUGACCUUCGACGAGACGCUCCAUCCAGCCCGGUGGCGUACCUACGUAGUCGACGAAUUAGUCCAACCCUUUGUGACAGGAGUCGUCCAAGAACAGUCCCAUUACGAGAAAUUCCUUUCUACCCGCCGUCGUUCCGAAGCGGGCAAGUCGACACUGGCCAGAUAUCCAAAGCUUAUCACGUUUCACGGCGACAUCCGUCCGGAUGUUCUUACCCCAGCGCCGGGAAGCGUCCCCUCUGCGAGUAACAAACCGCCAGUGAUGAAUUUUACCUCACGUUCGAAACAACACUUUGUGGAGGGAGUUGUGGAUGGCACCUUAGUAGACGCUUGCCCAGAUAGCGGUGCGGACAGAUGCUUCAUGUCGCCAAGGCUCGCCUCUGAUCUCGGCCUAUACCCUGCUGAUGGGACACAGAAGAGGAUCGUCCUCGCCAAUAAGAAGCACGUCGAAUCUCCCGGCAUGGUCAAGGUCCCGUGGAGUGCAUAUGCCCGGAAAAUUGGAUUAGCCAUCGAUCGGGAUUUCGAGAAUUGGCUUGAGGUUGAGUUCGCCGACGGAACAACCGCCUGGACUAGUGGCGUCGUACGAGACGCGUCAUGGGAAGUUGGUGGGAAAACGGUUCGGUGCGACUUCCAUGUGCUGGAGGAACUCUCCGUGGACGCUAUCGUGAGCAAUAACUACUUGUUCGACUUGAAUAUUUUCUCAGAGUAUGGUGGAUGCUUCUUCGAUAUCGAUUCGGAAGAGGACCUCUUUGAGCUUUGCAACAUCCGCCUCAUCGGCCGGUAUGGUGACGGCCUAAAUGUUUUGGAGCAGGAGUAUCUAGAAGACGUAACUUCCCCAAAUGCCUUCGAUCCCGAGAUGGUCCAAAGAGAGCUAGCAAGACGAGAUCAGAUCCGUGAUGAGAUAUUGGCCUUGCCCGACAAUGAGCGGGAAGUAGCGACCCAAGCCGAGGCGGAGAGGCAGCGUCGAUGGCAAGACUUGAGACAAGCUCAUUGGACCUCCGGUGGAGCAGGCCGCUGGGGAUGGUCUCCGAGGGGUUACCAGCUGGAUGACAUUGUGGAAGAAAAGGACCCGCAUUAUAUCCAUUCCUUUGAGAUAUACGAGGAGGAACCAGAGGGCUAG